GUCAUUACGGUAACGUAGGCGGAAGUUCGCUGUGGGAACCAUGGCGCUGUUCGGCACCAGGUUGUGUAGCCAUUUGGCUUUGACCCGACUGUGUGGUCUCAGGACAAACACGAUAACAAAAAGCCUUUACUCUCCUGACUUGUCCUGUCAGUCCAGGUUGCCCCUGUGCAGACACUAUUCAUCAUCCCAAGUGAGACGAGGUAUAGGUCGAUAUGUAGUCUCCAAGUUCCAGAGUGUAAACGCCAAAUAUGAAGAUUUCCUCAAGAGGCGAUUUCCCCGCUUUUACCAUCUCUAUCACACAUUUAAGGAAGGAGUCAAGCUAAUGUUGCAAGAUGGCAAAGAGGUGCAGAGGAUAAAAAUAAAGAUGUUUUCUAAUGGAAUGCAGUAUAAGGAUUUGCCUUACAGGGACAUGGAGAAGCUCAGGCAGUUUCGCAGGGACAUAAUGAAGGCUGUUCCGCUGAUGGUGAUAUCAAUCCCUCCCUUUGCCAACUACCUGGUUUUUGUCUUGAUGUACUUUUUCCCACGCCAGCUCCUGAUCCCUCAUUUCUGGACUCCAAAGCAACAGGUAGAGUUCCGUGGGUUGUACCAUUCCCACAGGGUCCAGCACCACUGGCCAGUGCUCAAAGGGCUGGAGAAAACGAGCCAACGGGUCAAAGACGGCCAGCUCCAGAGUCACCUGAAGAACCUGUGCGCUAAAGUGCAAAGUGGAGCAAAUCCUAAAGUGUCUGAAAUCCUUGCAGUCCGCAGCCUGUUUUCCGGACCGCCCCUAGGUAUACGCAGGAUGAGUGUGGAUCAGAUGAGACACGUCAGCCCGCUCCUCUUCCUGACCCCUCGCCUCCCGGGUUUCCUGAUGGGCCGGCGGCUGAACAGCCACGCGCUGGAGCUUCUGCAGCUGGACCGGGCCCUCAGCAGGCUCGGCCCACACCAAUUGAGUGAAUCCGAACUCAGACAGGCUUGCUAUGUAAGGGGACUCCAUUCUAAUGGUCUUGGCAUUAGUCAAUGCCAGGAGUGGUUAUCCCAAUGGCUUCAGGUGUCCACCUCACUGAAAGACUCCGAGGCGUCACUGCUUUUGCACUGCAUCGUGUUUCUCUCUGCAAACUACCCGACCGCAGCCAGCCGACACUGACAGGAAGGCGGCAGCAAUCUGCUCUUGUGAUUAGCUUCUGCUAUGUGCACGGGCAGCACAACUUCCUACGAGUUGUCAACAUCGCUCUUUUUCCCACGGAAUAAACAUUUGUUUUCUUGUUUCUGACAAUAUUAGAAGGUUUAUGAAGAAAAACAUUUUUACGCCCAAAACUUGAUCGUACCGAUAGGCUUAAAACUGUUCCGUAUGCCAAAUACAUUCCCAAUUAACAGGAUUUAUAUGGGAAAAAUAGAAUGAGGCUUCUUUGCCUUUAACAGGGGAGGGGUAUGGAAUUUGCACAAUGAGGCUGGUGCAUUUUGAUUGAAACAAGCUGUUGAGUGGGUUGAGUUCUCAUUUAAUUCAGACCCUCAAGGGGGACUGAAAUUGAUUUUGAGUCGUUGAAACUAUAUUAAGUGACAUUGUUGAGGUGAUAAAUUAUUACCUAUUUAUCUCAAUUUAUCCCACACACAACUAAAGCUCAGGUUUGUCAUUUGUUUACUGCUAAGCACAUCAUUACACACCUAAAGAGACAAAGAGGAUAUUGUUUAGUAAGUUUAUCAGCGCUUUGUGUGCCAUAAAUAUUUAACAUUUUUAAAUUGUUCAGUCAUUCCUCAUUAAAACACAGAAAAAAAAGAAUGCUUUUAAGUGAGCGCGUUGGAAUGUCUUUCACACAUCAAACACGUGCUGUAGCGUCUUAUACAUUUACCUCACUUUGUGCUUCGCUGUUACUUUACUUUCAAUAAUUCUGGUUCUAGGAUUUUUCUUGCAGUUUAUUGGGAAAUAAUUUUGUCAAACAGGACUGGUCGACCUGAAGUCAGAUUACCCAAAAGCACCUUCUAAAAGACAAAUACGUUAUAGAGAUCUAGAAAAGCCCCAAUUAAUGUUUGCAAUUGCAAAGACAUUCACGCUUGGUUGUGUUGUAUUUCAAUUUACUUUUUAUUGUGCGGCACAUCCUUCAACAAGCUAUCGGAAAAUAAUCGUCAUGGCACUUAAUUGUUUGCGCAGUUUUCUUGAUUUGGAAGAUUAAGAUGACACUAACUUAUUCUGGUCAGACCCUUUACAGAAUUCUUGAGGGUAUUUCUAAAUGGAACUGCAUGUCGUUCGCGCUGGUGUUUGGUGUGUUAAAGUGUAAAAUAAGAAAUGUCAUGCACUUCCUGUGCCUUUCGCAAGGUCUGGCACAAUACAUCUGAAAUAUGACUAGCAGAAUUUAUUUUUUCUGUUAAACCGUAAAAAAAGAGAUUCUUCCUACGAGAGGAACAGCAUGUAUCAUUUAAAAAAAGUAUUCCAUUGUAAUUUA